AUGAUUGCAUGUGUAGGGCAGCAAAUCAUUGGAGGGCGCCGUGUUCCCGAUUCCCUCAAUGGGACGCGCAGUCUCAUGCACUUUCCCCCAGGAUCACGCACUCCUGCGGCGAAAGGGUUCGUUCGCAAUAGCUUCUACACCGGCCUCACACCCUACGAGUUCUUCUUUCACGCAAUGAGUGGACGCGAGGGCCUCACUGACACUGCCGUCAAAACCGCAGAUACGGGUUACAUGCAGCGUCGACUUGUCAAGUUCCUGGAAGACCUAAUUGUUGCUUAUGAUGGAACAGUGCGUGAUAGCCGUGGAGACAUUGUCCAGUUUCGCUACGGAUCUGAUAGCCUUGAUCCUUGUGAAAUGGAAGUGGAGAAUUUUCCCGCCGACCUCGGACGAGAAUUAGCCAAUAUUAAGGGUAUCUCUCCGUGCCGUUCAGAGCCAUCAAUGACAGCAGAAGAAGUUGAAGUUGCAAUUAGUGCUGCUCUUCGACUCCCCGCUUUCAGAGACGCCGAUGGUGUUUUAUCUUCGAAUAUCAAAUCCUUCUUCUCCGCAACCGUUUUACCAAGAAUGCGGUCCGCCUAUCGUUUGUUGCCGUCUGGGACCAGUGGUGGUGUGAAGAUGGAGCCAGAGCGUCUGACACGCACCCAGUUACGUCUAUUUCUGAUGCGCGUGAAGAAGAAGUACGAGAAGGCGCUAAUUGAACCGGGUACCGCUGUGGGCGCUCUUUGCGGUCAGUCUAUCGGUGAACCCGCCACCCAAAUGACCCUUAAAACUUUUCAUUUUGCUGGUGUCGCCAGUAUGAACAUCACCCAGGGUGUACCGCGUAUGCGAGAGAUAGUAAACGCUGUUGCCAAAAUCAAGACGCCUUUGGUUGCUGUGACACUUACCGACCCCUCGUCUGCGGAGCUGGCCCGUCGGGUAAAGCUAUCAAUAGAGCCGACCCGAUUGGCGGAUAUCUCGCUGCGCUUGCGCCAGUGCCUUUCGCCUGACGAAGUCUUUGUCAGUGUGGAGUUGGACACCAAACGGAUGGCUCGACGCGAAAUCACCCCCGCACAGGUGGCGAACGCCGUGCGCAAUGCGAAUCUGGGCACAAAGCGCCUCAAAUUGUCGCGUGUCACCUUCUCCGAAACGCACGUGAACGUCUUCCCAACUGAUCUGAAUCGACUCGAAAUCCUUAUCCAAACACUCGAGGGCGUUGUUGUUAAGGGCAUUCCUGAUGUCGCUCGAGUCGUUAUCCAGGAGGAUAAACAAGGGCACCAUAAUAUCUUUGUAGAAGGUGCAAAAUUAAGGGAGGUGAGCCAAUUGAUUGGUGAGUUAAGCCAUCUUGCGUGCAUUUAUUCCAAACAGGUGAUGUGUGUUCGUGGUGUGGUUCCGGAGGCGACGCGUAGCAACAACAUCCUCGAAGUGGAGCGUUGUCUAGGUGUAGAAGCUGCUCGACGAGCGGUCAUGGACGAACUCCUAACGGUAAUGGAAGGACAUGGGGUCGAGGUUAAUAUACGCCACGUUAUGCUUCUGGCAGACCUCAUGACGAAUAGGGGCGAAGUUUACGGCUAUCAACGCAGCGGCAUGGCAAAGGCGAAGAACAGCGUGCUCUGUCUUGCUUCGGUAAUUUGCUGUGUCACUAUAACCAUUCAAAUACAUAGGGAUGCAAAUUGA